CGAUCCAUAGCCUCCGUUGAAUCCAUUCCAUACACAUCCUGUUUCGAUGCCACGACGCAGCCAGGAGUCCGACGACGAGGCCUACGCCCGGGCCCUCCAGGAGGAGUACCGCAAGGAGUUUCUGCGGCGGCAGGCGGAGCAUAGCACCCCUCCCGACGGCGAUAGCAACAGCAAUAGCAACAGCAAUAGGAACACCAAAGGCAGCCCCAGGAACAGCCCCAGGAACACAGACACAAACACUAGAAACACCAGCAAGAAGAAAAAGAGCAGCGGCAAGAACGGGAAUCCGGGGAAAGGCACCACUUCCAAGGGGGCGGCCGCCACCGGCGAAAAGAACCGCCACCGCAAGCCACCGAGCCCCACGGGCGCUGGUGCUGCUUCCGCUUCCGCCCCGUCGAGCCGGAAAGCAAACGCAACAGCGAAAGCAAAAGCGAACCCCAAGAGGCCCACCGGGAACCACGGAGAAGCCACCCGCCGGAGGAGGAGCAGCGGGGGCGGAGGGAGGAGCCCCCGGGAGCGGAGCAAGAGCGCCGGGAAAAAGAGGAGGAGCAGCGCAAGCACCAGCACGAGCACCAGCGACCGGAGCACCAGCGGGAAGACCGCCUCGCGGAGGAGCGCCAGCGACAAGAACCUCUCGCGGAGGAGCAGCAGGCGGUCGUCCUCCGGGAGGUCCUCGGCCGGGGACGACUGGCUCUNAACCUCUCGCGGAGGAGCAGCAGGCGGUCGUCCUCCGGGAGGUCCUCGGCCGGGGACGACUGGCUCUCCCUGCACUACCCGGCCGGGGAAGACAGACCCCCGGUCCUGUCGUCCCGGGACAGCUUUCACCGAAGGGAGCUCCGCCGGAAGCACGAGGAGGAGCUCUCGAGGGUCCGGAGCGAGAGCGAGCGGCACCUCGGGCGCUCGGAAGCCCAGGCCCCCACGGUGGUGGUCGUGGGAAGGCCGGUGGUGGAAGCCCCCUGGCCGUCCGAAGGUGCCUACGGGGAGGCCUCGUGGGGUGCCUCGCAGGAAGACCUCGACGCGGAGUACGCCCGGAGGGUCCAGGCCGAGUGUUCCUACCUGGACCAGCAGCAGCGGCGGCUGGAGGAGGUCCAGGCGGCCUCGGCGCUAGGGAGCCCGGGCCGGGAGGACGCCGGCGGUUCCCUGGAGCCAAGUUGGAGCACGGGCACUGGCACGGGCACUGGCAUUGGCAUCGACAACGAGCCCCUUGCGGCGGCAUCGGGCUACCACGACGACGACGAGGCCGUCGCCCGGAGGAUCCAGCAGGAACUCGCCGACGCCGAGUACGCCCGCCGCAUCGGCCUCGCCGAGGAGCAGAACCUGGCCUCGCAGACGGCCCUCCGGGAGGCCCAGGCCCACCUCGAGCUGGAGGCCAGCCAAAAUUCGCGGAAGCACUGUGUCCUGCGGUGGAUGCCCACGGGGAUCUGCCUCGCGGUGGCCGUCGCGGUCCCCCUCCUCUUUCUCUUUGACGUCUUUGACCCCUCGGACGUUCCCUUCUUUGGGGACCUCUUUGGGGACGACUGGGUCGGGAACGAUCCCUGGAGCGGGACCAACAUGACGAUCGACGUGGUCAACGGGACGUCGGUCCCGAGGCUCCCGCCCGGCGCCUACGGGUGGGCGACCCUCGGGGGCAAGGAAACCGGCAAAGGCCUCUCGCUCGACCUCCUCAACGCCUGCAGCGACGACUACCAGGUCUUUGUCCAGGAGGCGAUCCGCAACUGGGACGAGGGCAGCCCGAUCGAUUCGCUCACGCUCUACUCGAACCGGAUCGACUACGAGAGCGAGUGCACGACCGUCACGGGCAAGAUGAAGAUCUGCAACGGGUGAGUGGAAUCGAAUCGAGUCGAAUGGAGUGGAGCGUAGCGUAGCGCAGCGUGUUUUGAAUUGAAUUGAAUUGAAUUGAAUUGAAUUGAAUUGAAUUGAAUUGGGGGGUGGCGGAGAAAGGCCCACGAGUUGGGCUGGGCUGCGUUGUGUUCUUUUGCGUUGCGUUGUGCUUGUUUCGCGUUGCGUUCGGUUCUGUUUUUUGGUUUUGUUGUUCUCUUGUGGUGCUUUGCGUCUGUUGUCCGCUCACCGCCUGGAAUUUGUUUCGACCUUCCCGCGGAUCCCACGCUGCACGAAUUGCAUUGCCAUUGCCAUUGCCAUUGUGAAUGAAUCACCCGAUCGAAUUGACCCGGUUCAGCGACUACGGAGACACCCGGUGGCGCGGCCUCAACGAGGUCCUCCUCAACCCGAGGCAGAACACCAUCGUCGCCUCGACGGCCAAGCUCAACCAGUACUACCUCGACUUUGAGGGCAACGACCAGAAGCUCUACACCUGUUGCCACGAGCUGGGCCACGGCUUUGGCCUCCCCCACUGGGACGAGAGCUUUUUCAACAAGGACCUGGGCAACUGCAUGGACUACACCCAGCGGCCCCGGGACAACAUGCGGCCCGACGACUCGAACUUUUUGUACCUGGCGCAGCUCUACGGGGGCCGGGAGGUGGCCACCGGGAAGGACCUCUCGGCGAAGGACGUCCGGGACAUGGUCUGGGCGGAAAAGGAGGCCGGACCGAAGGACCCCUCCCCCCCCCUUUCGAUCGGGAGCCUCGAGGAGGACGCGGACGUGGAGCUCUGGGAACAGGAGCCCGGCGGCGAAAAGCGGAAGCUGGGCCUCCGCGGUGGAUGGCAGCGCGGCCGCCGCCUGUUCUACCGGACCAAGCGGGUCCUGGAGGCGAGCGACGACGUCGAGGUCCACCUGGUGGAGAGCGACGGCUUUCCGGGGGGCCUCGUCCUGGUCCGGCACUACCUGCUCGUCCGCGACGACGACUACUAGCGCCGCAAACGAAUCACGGUCGCCCCAACGAUCCGCAAACGAAUACUACAGUACUACUACAGUAAUAGAAUGUGUUUUACCUG